UUCAUGUAUUCAUUUCUAAGUUUUAAAAAUUCGAACUUGUAGUCUCCCGAUCAAAGAGAGAUCUGUUUAAGGUGUGAUUUGAUGUCGGCUUCCAAUGGAGAGUAUAAGAUGUUCCGUCAAGUCGGCCGUGAUCGGUUACUGUAUGAAAUGCUCAAAGCAUCGUCAUCUUCAAAAUCAAGUUGGAAGAUAUUUAUCAUGGAUAAAGUUACCGUAAAAGUUAUGGCUGCUUCAUGCAAAAUGUCAGACAUAACAGAUCAAGGAGUUUCACUGGUGGAACAACUUUUCAAGAGAAGGGAGCCUAUGCCUGGUAUGGAUGUCGUAUAUUUCGUCCAACCCAUAUAUGAAAACCUUAUCAUGUUUAUAUCUGACAUGUCGGGGAGAGAACCUCUGUAUAAGAAAGCAUUUGUUUUUUUCAGUGCUUCUAUCCCAAAGGAUUUUGUUGGUAGAAUCAAAGGUGAUACAAGUGUCGUGCCACGCGUAGGUGCACUGAGAGAGAUGAACUUGGAGUACUUUCCUAUAGACAAUCAGGCAUUUUUGACUGAUCAUGGAGGAGCAUUAGAAGAGCUGUAUGGUGAGGAUGCUGAGAAUUCUCACGAUUUCAAUAUUUGCUUAAAAUCUAUGGCUACUCGCAUUGCCACUGUUUUUGCUUCACUUAAGGAGCUUCCCGUUGUACGGUACCGUGUAAAGGACGUGGAUGGAUCUACAGGGACAACAUUCCGUGAUACAAUUCCUUCAAAGGUAGCUUCGGCGAUUUGGGAAUACAUUUCUUCGUAUAAAACUACUAUCCCUAACUAUCCACAGAUUGAAACAUGUGAGUUGCUCAUUGUGGAUAGAUCUGUUGAUCUGGUUGCACCCAUCAUUCAUGAAUGGACUUACGAUGCAAUGUGCCAUGAUCUAGUAGACUUGGAUGGGAACAAAUAUGUGAUGGAGGUCCCAAGUAAAUCUGGUGGCCCACCUGAGAGAAAGGAGUUCCUUUUGGAAGAUCAUGAUCCUGUUUGGCUUGAAAUGCGUUAUUUGCAUAUAGCAGAAGCUAGUGAAAGAUUGAGUGACAAGAUGGAGAAUUUGAUGUCAAAAAACAAAGCUGCACAACUACAACAAAAAGACAGUAGUGAAUUAUCUACACGAGACAUACAGAAAAUGGUUCAAGAUUUGCCUGCAUAUAAUGAACAAAUGGAAAAGCUUUCACUCCAUGUAGAGAUUGCUGGGAAAAUUAAUACAGUAAUCAGUGAAGAAGGGCUUAGAGAUCUUGGUCAAAUUGAGCAGGAUAUUGUCUUUGGUGAUGCUGGACACAAGGAACUCCUUGAAUAUUUAAGUGAAAAUGAGGAUGGAAAUGUUGAAAAUAUGUUACGAUUAAUGAUGAUUUAUGCAUUAGCUGAUCCUGAAAAGUUUGAGGGCGACAACGGAGCAAAGCUUAUGGAGUUGGCAAAUUUGUCGCAUGACGAUAUGAGGAUGAUAGAUAACAUGAGAUUGCUUGAGGGACCAGUUAAAAAAAAGAAACAAGAAACCAAAGGGGGAUUCCUCAAUUUUGAUAAAAAGAAAGCAAACAAUGCACUAAGGAAGGAUAAACAAGGAGAAGAAGAAACAUGGGCACUUUUCCGAUUCUAUCCCGUGCUAGAGGAAUUGAUUGAAAAAAUCGACAAACAUGAGCUGCCAAAGGACGAGUACAAAUGCAUAAAUGACCCAAGCACUCGAGGGGUCUCUGGUCAUGCAGCAGGGAGGGCUGCCGCCCAACAAUCAAGGAGAUCAAGGAGGACACCGGCACCUGGAAAAGCUUCUGAUGAUAGUUAUUACCAUUGUUCUAACCGUAUUUGCAGUGACUCGGUGCAGAAAAAUGCAGCUAAUGAUUUAAAACACAUGGGGCAGCGAAUUUUUGUUUUUAUAAUCGGCGGUGCCACUAGAUCUGAGCUGCGGGUUUGUCACAAGCUUACUUCUAAACUCAGGAGGGAAGUUGUGUUGGGUUCAACUAGUUUAGAUGAUCCACCAAUGUACCUCACGAAACUGAAGAUGCUUACCAUGAAAGAACAUGGAAUGUGAUAUCCAGAUACAGCUUACACUAUUCAUGCAGAUUUGUAUCUGGUUAGUCCUCUUUCCUAAUCACUUCUUAUAUCAUGUUCAUAUAGAAUUUCACGACCGAUGAAACAAAAUUGUGUAGAAGUUUUGCAGUGCUUCAUUUUGGUAAUUGUCUUUCAUUCUUAUUUUCGUCUCUAAGGUUCCCAUUUCUAUCACGAAAUGCUAAAAUCCGUUGGGAUGAAUACAAAAUCAAUGUUAGAAAUUUAACACAUUUAGUUACAACCAGAAAACCUGUGUAAGCAACGACUACCACCCCCAUAUAAACAUGUCUAUAUCAUCGGAAACUGACUUCUUACUUCUGAGUGGGAGAUACUCGAUGCAGUAGCGAAUCCAUGAAAUUUUUUGUGAUGGGGUCGGAAUUUUAUUUUAUAAACUUUUGGGGGUCAAAAGAAGAAAUACAUUGGCCCCUCUUGGUUGUACAUCUACCAUUGAUCGGUUAUUUUUGGUUUGGUUUACCAUCGGAAACUGACCAUAGGUUAAAAAUUUGUCAUCAAAAUCCCACAUUCCAUCAUCGUCCCCAUAACGAAAGCAACGCAUAUCAGAUUUUUAUAUAUUUUAGUCAAGUGAUUGUGUAUUCAUGUGAUUGGUGGACAUGAAUCAGACGUGAGAAUUUAAAACACAAGAUUUUUAUCCGUUUUAACCAUGUUUUUGGUAGUGACGACCAGCGAUAUACAUGCAUACACCUUACUGAUUACAUACAACAAUUAAUGUUACUGCUACCAAUUCUUUGGAGUUUCAGAUAAACCGUUAGGUGGCCGAGGUUUCUAGUCGCUAUUUUCUAGUUUCUUCACGGAUAAACUAGCAAGAAGCAGGAAAUAACGGGUGUUUUCUUAAAUUCCGUCGUCAACAAGUCACUGAAGUCUUCUUUUCUUGUCAAUUUAUUAACAAGUUACGUUUUCAGGAGUUCGAUCCAUACGUGUCAUUUACGAUGUGUUUUUGGUAUUUGUUUUCAUGAUUUGUAAAUUAUAGCACAGAUCGCAAUCUAUGAAUGUUA